AUGGCGACCUCUUCUGCAGCUGGGGUUGCUGGGACAGAACAAAAUGACGAGGGUGGCAGCAGAUAUGAGCAAGAACAAGAGGAUUUCCCCCAUCCUAAGUCCUCCUCCCAAAGCCUUGUCUCGCAGUCCAGUUCUGCAUCUCUAGUAUCUGAAUAUGGGUAUGAUAAGAUCCUGAGAUGGCUCCAUUACGUCGACGAUAAUCUGAAUAAGGUCACCAGUAAGCACCUGCUCACUCUUGGUGCAAGGUCUGAGAUAGGCGAGACAGUAGCUGAGAACUGUAAAGUGCCCUCCGAGUUUUAUGUCCUGUUGCAGCAAAGGAGUUCUACAGACGCUCAGGCACUGGCGCGGUUCAUGUAUGCCCUGCAGAGAUUAGGGAGACGAGGAAAGCACUGCAACAAGCAGUUUCAAACAAUAACCCGUAUUUCCCCACCCCCUACUGACGUGUACAAAGAAAAAGCUAAAACUCCAACUCAAAUGGAGUUCGCUUUCCACCAAUGCCUUGUAGAGAUAUGUGUUAGCCUUGGGGAAGAUCGCAAUGUUUCUGAUCGUUUCAAAAAGUUUGUCUGCCGAUAUGUUCUAGCAGUUCGUGCUAAAAACAAAGAGACGGUAGCAGAAGUGUUUCUGGCCAUGCUGAAGCGAAAGGUUAUAUCGAAAGAAAACCAGGAUCAGCUAGCGCUUGCUCUUGACCAAGUUGGUGCCACACCUGGCUUGGUCAUUCUCAGCCAUUUUCGGUCUCAGUUCGGAAUGGACGACAUUGACAUAGAGAAGCUAACACCAGCCCCCAGACCGGAUAACGUCUCAUUAGCACCAUCUUCAAAUGGAUCCACUAUGUCAGGAAUUUCCAGCCUCAGGACAAAUAGCCCUGCUCGACCAUACUCUCCUAGAUAUCUUCCUGAAACAGACUACCCUGGUUAUAAUGUAUUGGGUGAACAAGAACCAUUCAUUAAUCACCAAGAAGAAGGGGCAACUGAGGAAACAGCAUUGAUAGGCGAAAAUGUCAUCACUCAUCCUCCACCCAGGAAUACACCAUCUCCUGAGCACCAACCAGGUGUGUGCAGAAGGUGGAGAUACUGGUUAGUGACAGUAUUCACACUGGGAUUUUUACUAACUGCUGGUGCAGGCGUGUCUAUGAUUGUGCUAGCAUCCAUCGAAUAUGGAAGCAUACCUUCCCAUACAAAAUUGUACGACAACACAAUAGUUGCCCUGGGAAACGUCCAGAAAUUUACAGCCCAGCACAUCACACUCUCUCAAGAUCCAGGGACCGAUGAGGUAUACAUCCCUCUUACGAUAUACUCUUUUAGUAGAGGCUGUGGCAGUUUGCCUACCCACAACAGCAAACCUGAUCCAGUAACGAAUGUAUCCGUGCAACUUGAGCAGCAGACUGUCAUCUUCCGUGGUUACCUAAUGCCCGAAUCGGUACUGAACUACACUAUCUGCGCAGUGACUAACCAGUUGAAUGGAACCGAAUACCACAUUGAUCUAUAUGUAGCGGAGGAUCUUGAUGAGAAUCUUCACUUUGAUCCAGAUACAUAUCCCAACUCUCUUCAUCGUGAUAUAGCUCUGACAUAUGACCGCAACCUUCAACCAAACAACCAAUGCUAUAGCACAAUUACCCACACGAUCACAAAGAGGGGGCCCUAUUCUAUCGUUCUUUUUGUUCCAUCAAGAGUCGAAGUUCCAUCUUCAAAUAUAAGCUUUUGGUAUUCACAAAACAACCACAUCAAGGUCAUUGAUACCUCAUAUUUGCACGAGAAAUGUAGCAUUAACAAUCGUAGUGAAGUUUGCAAGAUUUCCGUGGGAUCACUGCACCAUUACAUCGGUGUGUUUUGUGUGGUGGUCAAAGUUGGUGACAGCAACUAUGAUAGAUUUACGAGUGUCCAUUCAUCACUGACUGAAUCUGAUGUUGGAAAAGUAUGGUUCUUUGUGGUUGGAGGAUUUAUUGUGGCUCUUAUUUCCUGUAUUUUCAUUCUUUUUAUUGCGCUCAUCUGUUUAUGUUGGCGCUCAUAAACUAUUAUUAAUUGUAAGUGUAUCAAAUUGAAUACUGUGCUUUAUGGCUGUGUCCUGCAAUGGUGAGUGCACGAGACAUGUUG